ACUUAGUCCCAUUUUGACAAUUUUUGAGAAAACAAAAGGUUAGUGAAUUUUCCUUUCUUUAGAAUUUCAAUUCUUUUUCACUAUUUGUGCUUACUUACAAUACAUUGAUGAUAUUCUUCAUUAACUUUUUAAACAUGUAUAUUUUAUGCCAUGACUAUAACUUAAAAUUGGAAUCUUUAAAUGUUAAUUAAAUUUCCCUAAAAGUAGAAUAUUUACAUUAUGUUUUGGUGCAUUAAAUAAAAAUAGAAAAUGUGCUACAGUAUCAACAAAAAGUUCAAUUAUUUUUUUUUUCGUUCAAUUUUUCGGCCUGAAAAAUUGAAUCGCGCAGUUGCUCAAGAACAGUGAAGAUUCUGAAUCUGAGUAGAUUUCGAGAAAACUUGAAAAUGUUGAAAUUGGGCAAAGUUCAAAGAACGUGAUAAGGAAUUAGGGUUUAAAAUUAAAACGAUGAGACGAACAUACCUGAAAUUCUUCUGAAAUUGAACAAUAUGUAUCUUCAUUCGGUUGAAUUUUUUGUGCUUAGAAUUCGAAAUUUUUUUAUUGCCGCUGCUCCUCUGUUCUGUAAUUCUAGCUUCAACAGCGGCGAUGGCAGAGCUGAGAUCAGUGGCUUUUGUUUUACAAAAAAUGGAAAACUGAAGGUCCAGAGGUGAAUUUAAGAUUUUGAAAGAAGUGAAAUGAGGUCUGAUUGAAAAAAAGAAUUUCGAGAAAGCUGGAAAAAUUGAAGAUCAUUUCAUCACCACCUUAAUACUAGUUAGAACUGUUUUGAUUGAAGAAUUUAGAAAUGGAGUUCGGAGAUUGAACGUUGAACAAGUUGUAGGAUGAUGUUUCGUUUCCUAUGAGCUUUGGGGAAAAUUUGUUGGUGUCUCUUGUUUGAGUUUAUUUCAUUGAUUCGUCACAAAGGAUUGAGGUGGUGUUUUCAUCAAUAUAGAGUCAGUCUUGAUCUUCAUUCUCCUAAUUCACUUUAAAAUUGUUUCAUAAUCAUGGCAUGUACAAAUUUGGUUGAGUUAAGAGAAGGAUCAGAGCCCUUUGUAUAGUUUCUCAAGUGUCUCUUCGUGACUUCGCCAUAUAUAAAGACUUAUUUAUCCCUCCUCUACAUUCAAAUGUGUGAAUCUGUGAUGAAUGUUUCUUCUAAGUGUAUGCAUUUAAUAUAGAUAGACAGUCGUAUCUACGAAUGAAUCUAAGUAUUGUUACGAUAUUAGUUAUCUAUAUACAUUGCAUGUGCAUUAAUCUCCCAAAAAGUCCAAGUAAAUGUGUAGCAGAUAUGCAUAAGUACAUUCAUAUUUCAUAUAGUCAUCAGUCAUGACUGUCGAAUUUUGCUAACAGAUAAUCACAAGAGUUUCAAAAUAGUUGCAUUUAGCUUACUGUGUUUCCUAUAAAAUAGUGAUCUCUUUUAUAGAAAAGUUUGAGUUCAAAUUCUAUUCUUCAUAGCUUGAGGAACACUGGUAUAGACACUAGGAGAUAAACUCAUUCACUCUUGUUCUAUCAUGUUCUGAUGAAGUAUGACAAAAGCAAAAGAACUAGCGGAUUCAGCCCUGACCAGUGAGAAGAAAAAGGAAUGGUGUGAGUUCAUCUAUGAAGAUCGUGGGAAAUUGGUAAUCCCAGUAGGACCCAGGUUUCAGGUUUAUGUUCCAGAUUGGGCCAACUCUCCGAAUAAGGGAAGUCCAGUUGUAGCAGCAGAUGUAGCAUUAAGAGCUUCUACUCCAUCAAAGAAGGAAAUGGUACGCAAGUAUAAAAAGGAGGAAUCUGAUACUUCAAAAUGGCUUGGUACACUGGUAUGGCCAAGAGCCGAUAACCUAGAAAACAAGGAAAUUAACGAGGCAUUGGUUGGGAAAGGGAGAAAUGAACAUUGUUCUUGUAGGUCCUCUGGAUCUUACGAAUGUGUUAAAAACCACAUUAGUGAACAAAGCAUGAAGUUGAAGUCUGAACUGGAGACAGCCUUUAAUGACUGGAAAUUUGAUGAAAUGGGAGAAGAAGUUUCCAAGUUGUGGAACACUAAGGACCAAACAAAGUUCAGCUCCCUCGUUAAGACGGGUUUGUCUAAAGGCAAAAGUUUCAUGAAACCAGCAUUAGCAUCUUUUCCUUCCAAGAAUAGGCAAAGUAUUGUCAACUAUUACUUCAAUGUUCACAUUCCUCGCCGUAUCAGAUCAAAUAGUAUAACAAUUAACACCGAUGAUGAAGAGGAGGAAGACGAAGAAGAGGAGGUCAUUGCUCCCAAACAUUCUCAUAAAAGGAAUCGAGCAAAAAAAGGUGCCUGUUCUUGUUCUAAAUCUCUGAAGAGAAGGUACCUAAGUGGUCGACGAUGACAACAGAAGUAACAAUACACAUUCUUAUUAGUUGACAGACAAAUGGAAUAUACAGAGAGAAAUGUAUUUUAUCUCUCACUCCUGGGAGAAUUUUAGGAUGAGGGGUUCACAUUUUGUACAUUGGUUUUAAAGCCAAGAAAAGGUGACAUUUUUUGGAUAUUGAUGCAACGUAUUGAGGCCUGAUAGGCUAGCACAACAAAACUAUAUAAUUUGAGAGGAUAUUGCGUUUUCUGUUUCCUUCAUAAAGGAACAAUAUGGCUUCACACUUUGUCUGUUAUUUCCCUUCAAUAUGCAUGUUUGAUUAUUUUGAAUCCUUUGAUUGUGUGUAUAAGAAUAUUGUUGGCUAGGGUGUGUGAGAGUAAUACAGAGAUUAUUUCUUCGU